UUGUAUAUAGUUUAAAGAUAGUGCAAGUGUUUCGAAUGAAAAUGGUUCUUUCAUCUCGUCCCGUCUACCAAGUGAUUCUGGAAGUGUGUUUUACAAGUUCACUGGGAUUAUGUUCGAUUGUCCUAAACCUCUUAGCUUGUGCUAAUAUCUGGAGAAAUCCCUUGUUACGAACAUGGCAUAAUAUCUUCACGAUAAACCUUAUCAUAAUCGAUCUUAUAACAAGUGUGUUUAGUGCGACAUUCACAAUAAUAGUUUUGGCUCAUGGAGAGUGGCCAAUGAGCAGUGCAAUGUGCAACCUUUCUGGCUACAUUAACGCUGUGCUGGCGACUAUUGCUAUAAAUACCCUGGCGUUGUUUAGUUUUUCACGUUAUCACUUAUUCGCUCAUUCAAAGGGAUAUCUGACAGUUUGGAACAAAAAAAGAAGUCUUCAAGCUAUUGGAGCAGUCUGGAUAUUCGCUUUCCUGGUUUGUCUUCCACCUUUAUUUGGUUGGGGGAAUUACAGAUUCUUAGAAAAAAAUGCCGCUUGUUUCCUGAGUUUCAAUGCAAGUAAAGUUUACGGUUCAAUCUUCGUAUAUGGCGUGCUCGCGUUCCCUCUCAGUCUGUCAGCGGUGUAUUUGGUUCGACUUCAUCUGGCUUUACGGACACGUCGUCGUGUAAACUCUCAAAGUUCAGACGCGACCUCAGAAGACACCGAAUUCAGACAAACAAUUCGUGCAGCCAAAUCGCUAAUUAUUCUUGCCAUAGCAUUUAUUCUCUGUUGGCUACCAGUAUUCAUAGUGUAUGCUUUAGAUGCUUCCGGGGUAUAUCUACCAAGAGGAUGGUGUCUGUUUUCAACGCUAAUGAUUUAUGUCUUUAGUGUGAUUUUACCACUUAUCUACACAGCAACAAGUUCGGUAUUUACAAUUGGCUGCUGCACAGGCUGUGUUCAACAUUUGAAAAUACUACGGAAAAAAUCGACGUCUUCAGUAGUAACACCCGAAGGCGAAAGGAAGGAUAGUAAGGGUAGUCAAUAAGUUGUCGUAAUGAAUUUGUAUUCAAAACUAUGGUAUGCUAAUGUAAUUAAAUUAGAAACGAGCAGAGGAGGUAGAAUAUAUACGGAAAUUAUAUACGAAAGAUUGGAUUCCAAUUAAGACAAGAAACUUACAUAAAGUUGGACAAAGAAAAAUUCUUCUUUCUGGAAGGCUCGUUAAAAAAAGGACAAACUGGGAUGAAGACCCACUACUAAAUAUUUAAGUAAAAGUUCUGCAAUCUGCACCAUGCGUGCAUUAUUUAAAACAAACUGCAUGUGAUUGCCAAUUUCCCGGCAACGCCGCGAUGAAAGAAGCAAACACAGGUGAAUCAACAAGAAGCAUUUCCGACUUACGGAAAAAAUAGUAGCUAUAGCUUUACAAAAUGACAG